AUGCAGGAGGCGAAGGUCAGCCACCGCGGCACUUCAGACUCAUUGGUGCAGGAGUUGGUGAACGGAGUCCGGGCAAGAAGGGCUGCGCUGUCCGCAGAGUCUGAUCCUGGCUUCCGCCAGCUUGACACCCUUCCCAUAGCCAAACUCAAGCAAGACGAAAUCGAGCUCACAAGGAAGAUCUUCGCACGAGUGGAUGCAGAGCGAGAUGUCACGUCCGACUCCAAAAAGUAUGAGAUUAAGCACAACAUCGAUCCGUACUGGAGCCCGUUUCACCAAGUGCAAGAUCUGAAACAGCAGGUCACGGCGGAGUUCGACGAGUACCAAAAAAUUGUGGGUGCUGCUGAAGCCAAGCGGACUCGGAUCCAGAUCAAAAGAAGCUUGGCCAGGAUGGCCUCCGUUCGGAAUCCCUACACCUCCUCUUUCCGCAGCUACCACAAGCGUGAGAUGCCGGAGAUGCCGCCGAAGCCGUUUCGACUGCCCGACACUUUCUGGGAGCCAACGCCGCUGCAGGCUCAGCUUGCAAAAGAAAAGAUUACAUUUCGUGACCUCGAUAUCAUCCAGCACUUCUUGGCUGACAACGGGUACAUCCUGCCACGACGGACGACCAUGCUGUCUCGGAAGAAGCAGAAGGAACUCGUGGCGGCCGUCGUGACGGCACAGCACAUGGCCUUGCUCCCGUACAGGGCGAAGCUCAAGGAUUACCAGGUUAUGCCAUUGAUGGAUCCCCUUCAGUGGAUGGCUGAUCGGCUGACGGAUCGUGUCCUCGAGGAAAGGGAUCUUCGAAGCCGUGCAAUGCUCCAAGUCAUGAUGGAGAGAUACCCCGAGCUCAACUACCGAAACUUCCUGAAGCACGAGGCGGUUCCCUGA